CGAUACCUUCACUCCAUCCCCCCCUGCCUUUCCUCGUUACUCUCGCCUCCGCUCCUCCAGCUUAUACUUCGUCAUGCUCCUCCAGGGCCCUAUAUAACAACACUACCAACUAAUCGCAGCCAGACCCAGAUCCCUUUCUCCGAUUCCAGCAAUGGCUUCUAUCAAUGCUGUCGCCAAUUCCCUCCUACUCCCCUCUCGCUCUUCAUCUUCUUCCUCCUCCUCCUCUCCCCUUUUCCCCAACGGCUCCAAUGCGCUCAGUCCGUCAAAAGUCUCUCUUUCUAACUCCAGAUCCCAAUCAUCGACUACCUCGCUAAGGAUGUUCAGAAAGCCCAUUGCUAACUCUCCUCUUCAUGCCGCCUCCGCUGCUGCUGACGAGGCCGAGCCGACUAAGGACGAGACCCCCAUUGAACUGAAGUAUCCAGCUUACCCUACUGUGAUGGACAUCAACCAGAUUCGUGAGAUAUUGCCUCACCGGUUCCCAUUCCUGCUGGUGGAUAGAGUGAUUGAGUACAAUCCGGGUGUUUCGGCUGUUGCAAUAAAAAAUGUUACGAUAAAUGACAAUUUCUUUCCUGGGCAUUUCCCUGAGAGGCCAAUUAUGCCCGGUGUUCUCAUGGUUGAGGUAAAGACUUCACCUUUCUCCAUUGUUACUCGCUCCAGCAAGAAACUUGCAUGGCCUAUAAAAUUAUAAGAACGAGUAGUUUGUCCUCUUUCUCUCUCGGUACAAUCCAGUGAUUUUCAGGUUAAGUAUGAACUAAUCUAAGCAGGGGCAUAGAUCAAUGGUUAAACCAGGUUUGCCAUCCAGGCCCUGACUUAGUUGGACAAAGCUAACUUAUUUAUCUGUUGAGAUUUUGUGUUAGAGGGUGGUAUUUGGGUAUUUAGGUCCACUUCUUCGCCUGCUAUUACCUUCACCCGGUGGGUUGAUUGUUGGGGAACUAAGACAUAUAUCCCAAACUCUGAAAAAUGGAAAAAAAUAAUUUCGCUGCUUUUCAAAAUCUUGGCUGUUGGUGUUUGUCUGGUACCUUGAUCUCAAUCUAGGUCCAAGUGAGUUAGGAGUUCGUGUGCUUGGACUUACAGGCCCCUAUUCAUUGUUGGAAGCUUAGCGGCUUAGACUCAGAGAUGAAUCUGUGGUAAGCUGCCGUUUUCGAUUAAGUUAGAGAGGAGUUUGAGGAUUUUUCUCAAUGUCUGUGGGUAUCAUUCUUCACUUUUAUGAAAAUUUUGUCUCUGGAGUUUACUGAGGAAGGGAAGCCAUUUAGUUGAGAUCUUGCAGCACGCAUGUUUCCAUUGAGGAAGAGGGAUUUUUGCUUUAAGCGUUUGGGACAUGUAGGAACUCUAUAUAGGACCAAACUCUAUUUUCCAAAUCAAAUAGGCUAGUUGUCAUCCUUUGCAAUAGUGUUGAUGCAAGCAAUUGUGCAUGCGUGGAUGUGGCAUUAUCAGAGAGUACUCAACACUUGUUCUGGAGCUAAUGUGUUGCAAGUAGUAAGUUUCUUCAAAAAUAUGAUACGGAUCUGGUUGUAUUGCAUGUUUGCAAUAGUCCAGUAGCUUGAUUAGUUUGUUUAUUGAAUAUCUGAUCAUUCAAGCGGCCGAGUCUAUAGCAUUAUAUAUUUCCAGUAGUCCAUAUCCUCGAAUAUUGUACUAGCACUUCUACAACUGGUCCUCUAUAAAGUUAUUGACUCCAAGCAUUAUAAUAAUUAAUAUCUAUUGAAAUUGAUUAUAUUUGGACAUAAAUGGAAACAAGUUGGAAUUUGAAUUCUUAGUGAUCCUGAUUAAUGGUCUCGUAUUUACUGUUUGGUUAAUUUGUUUGUUUCAACUAUUUUGUUGUCAUGCAUGCCAAUUGCCAAUGCUUCUGUGCCUUGUUGCAUUUCAUUUCCAAAACCUGUUGGACCUCGGAUUUAAUGGAAAAGCACCAUUGAUUCAUAAAUAACUACUCUUUCUGGAAUGCUCCUGCAAUGAACGCAUACUAUGCUUCCUGCACUUGCGCUGCUGCUCCAACUACAUCUGUGGCAGUGCUGCUUUCUCAUCAUUUGUACCAUGUUAUGCAGAGAAUUGAUUGUAAUGAUAUGAAUGAGCAUUACACCACAAGCAUCCCAUGUUUUUAAAAUUGGCUACUGUUGAUUCCAGGCAAUGGCACAAGUUGGUGGCUUGGUAAUGCUGCAACCAGAAGUUGGGGGAAACAAGGCAUCAUUUUUCUUUGCUGGAAUUGACAAAGUCAGGUUCAGGAAACCAGUGAUAGCUGGGGACACCCUGGUUAUGAGAAUGACCCUUGUGAAGCUGCAGAAACGUUUUGGAAUAGCUAAGAUGGAAGGAAAAGCUUACGUUGGGACUGACGUGGUCUGUGAGGGGGAGUUUCUGAUGGCCAUGGGACAAGAAUCUUAAUUUGAUUCCUCUUAAGGAGUAGUUAUCUUCAGUUUAUGUAAACUGAAAAUGAAUGCUGGUGACGAACUGACAAUCCAUCAACUUGGAGGUCCCUUUUCCUAUUUUUUUUUUAGUAUGCCAUUUAUCUCUUAUUAGAGUCUAGUAUCUUUAUGGUGGCGCAUCUCAAUCACAGGCGUGGAAAGAACUUUUGGUAGCAGCACAUGAUGAAAACGUCAUUUGCAGCAAAACAGAAGUUAACUAUGGACUUGUAAGAGCUUCAGAAGUUCGAGUUUAAGGAUUGAAUGCAUAGCUAGCCAUAUGAUGUUAACGAGCUUAGAGUUUUGAUGAGUGAUCUGUUCUAUUUUAAGAAUGAUCUGUUGUGUGAAAUUCCUUCUGCAUUUUGGCUUUUGUGUUUGUGAAAUAGGAGUUGGGAGAGUUGGGAGUCGGCCAAUAUUGUCAAAUAGUGUGUUUGUAUUACGAUUUUCAACAGUUUUUUUAAGAAUGGUGCCGUUAUUAGACAGCUUCAACAGAAACGGAGCAUUGGUCAGAUUUG